UGGCUGAACCUCCACAGAGAAGCAAAAUGGCCGAUUGUAAACUAACUGAUCACACAGCGAUAGACAGUCAUCGAGGGGAUAUGUAUUUUUUGUUUACAGAUUGAGAACUACAUUUUCGCAACAAGCAAACAAAGAAAAAAAGGACAGUUGUGUUUUUUUUCCACUUUUUCUACGAUUAACGUAUUUUCGCCCGCCGGUGAUGUCAUUUCUUAUUCAAUUUAGCCUUGAAAGCCUCGAAGAACUAGCUCGCUAGGCUAGCUCCCUUGCUAGCCUGCUAGCGGUGGGUCUGCAAGAAUUUUUGCACAGAAGCACUUUAUGUCCUGUGUGAUUCCCGAGACAGGAGAAUCAAGAAGGGGAGCAGCAGUUCAUGGAAGACAAGAAAAAGAAGAAAGAAGAGAAAAAGAAAAGGGAAACCUCUCAGAAGGUGCCAGAACAGAAAAUCAAAGUGCCAGAACCAGCCAAGCCCUCCUGUCCCCAGCCGCUCGCCGCCCCAGGCUCAGUGUCCCCCAGCCCUGGCCCCGUCGCCCCAUCGUCCCCCAGUCCUGGUGCCGCUGGGGGUUCCGCCCAAGUCCCUCCUGGUGGUGGAAACAAUGCAAAGCAGCGUACUGCUGUGGCCAACGGACAGCCCUCCUCCUCCUCCUCUUCGUCUCCUUCUGGAAGUCAAAGUGCGCAGCAGCAGCAACGAUACAUGUCUAGAGAGGUCCCACCGCGAUUCCGCAGCCAGCAGGACCAUAAAGUGCUACUGAAGAGGGGCCAGCCACCUCUGUCCUCCAUGCUGCUGGGGGGAGGGGAAGCCAGCGCAGGGGCCGGCGGGGGCGGCAGCGGGUGGGAUGGUGGCCCAUCCUUACAGGGGGCAGAUAGCCCUAAUGCAAACACAGAUGGAAACACAGAUUCCAACGUGGGUUCAUCCCCCCCUUCACCGCCCAACUCAUCCUCAUUUUGUGUUGCUGCUCUGUCGUCUUCUACUACUUCAACUUAUGCAAAUUCCACAUGGGGGGCAGGCUCCAGCAGCCAGUCCUCCUCUCAGGACUGCGGGAAGGUGUUUAUGGACGGGACUGACCUGGAUGAAUGGCCUAGCAUCACCGCCGGCCCCAAACUGAGUUCUGAAGGGGCCGGAGGAGGGAUGCAGGAGCAGGACUGCCCUGGUAACAACAACAGUAGUGCCUCAUGGGGGGAGAGAAACAUGCAGCAGAAGGGAGGAACAGCCGGAGGAGGAGAAGGCAACAUGGACAAUCUUUCCCCACCUCGCUCCUCUCCUCUUUCUUCCUCCUCCUCGCCUAAUGAAUGUGCUCAGCCAAGUGGUGUGUGGGUCUCUUCCACCCAGUCCCAAGUGGAAGUAGGCCACGGCUCGGCAGCGUCUUACAAUUCCAAAGUCUCCCAUCUUCCCGGGCCUCCAGAGAGCCCCUUUGGUGGCAGCAGCAGCGUCCCUGGUGCCAACUUUAACCCUAAUGUGAACCCUUCUGCCUGGCCCGCCCUAGGCCAGAGCGGGACCUCCGUUCAGCAACACUCGUCCGUGACUUCAGCUUCCUCAUUCUCUGCCAGCACCACUGUCAUCACCACUCAGACACUUUCAUCUGUGAAUCAAACUGGUCUCUAUCAGCAGCACACUGAAACGGCUGUGGGAGCCAAGACUGGAGAACAGCAGCACUUAGGGAACCCAGGGCCGGAGCCAUGUCCAGAGGGGGCGGCGAAAGAAGCGGGACCAAAUCAGGCAGGCAGCAACGAGGGAAACUCUAAGGUUGAAGGUGAAGCAAGUGGCAUUACUUCUGUCUCUUCAUCUUGGAGCGCCAUGCCUCCGGUGUCAUCUGAAAUUGGCACAGGUGUCUCCCAGGCCGAUGGGUGGGGCGGAGGGGUUACCGGGGCUCAGGGGCAGGAAGAAAGUGUUUGGAAGUUUGGUAGCCAGUAUGACAAAGCAGGGUGGGGCAGGGGGAAUGGCGGGGGGUCAACCAACCCAGUCGAAUCUCAGGGAGCUUGGGAAGGAGGGAGUACGGAAGCAAAUUGGGGUGGCACUUCAGAAAGUGUGAGUUCUGUUAAUUCAGCAAUAGGAAGUGGGGGAGAGGUGGAAGGGAGCAGCAUCAGCAGCAGUACGGACAGCGCGGGCGGCGGUGGCUCUUUAGACGACUCCGCCUCCCAAAAUUUAGCAAAUAUUACAAAAGCUUGGGACAAUCAGAAAGGGAUGGAAGGAGGGGAUGGGGUGGUUGGGGAGUGGGGAGGAGCGGGGGGUCAGGAUGGAGCCGUAGGCGAGGGUGGAGGACAUUCUUCGUCCAGUGGCGCUGGAUCCGUAGCCGGGAGCGGAAGUGGACAAAAGGAGCGCUCUGCGCAGCAGCACUCCAACCAGGCCUCCGGGGCAGAAGUGGCCUUACUUAGCAUGCUGAACCGAUCUGACCUGGACCCCAGGGUUCUGUCCAACACGGGCUGGGGUCAGACUCAGAUCAAGCAGAAUGUGGCCUGGGACCUGGACACCUCGAAGGGUGUGGGGAACGGAAAUGACAGGAACCCUUCAUCUUCCUCUGCGUUCUCAUCGGCAGCCAUAAACACUACCACCAACCGCAGCUCUAGGUACCCAUCGGAGGGCGGUUCUGUUUCUAACAACGCUUCAUCUGGCAGCCUAAACUCCAGUUCAUCUGCAUCCAGGGAUAAUUGGGAUGGUGGUACGGCACAGCCUGCCGGUGGUCCUUUUAUGUCUAGUAGCACCAUGAGGAAGCCUGGACCACCAGAAGACGAUGCGCAGGGCGGCCCAGGAAAGAUAGCCGGAGGGUGGGGGGAGCUGCCGCCUGAAAAAGAGGGCAAAGGAUGGAGGACGGAUGACCUACAGUGGGGAGGUCACAGAGGAGGAAGGAAAAACUGGCAAGACUUUGAACAACAGGGUAGUGGGUGGGGAGAUGCAGCCGAAGAUAAAGGAACAGGGGGGUGGAAGGGGUCUGCAAGAGAAGCGGGUGGUUGGGGAGAAGAAUGGGGGAAGAGAGACUCCACAUCUAGAGCUGGGUUGGGAGAUGGGAGGAAUAGAGUCGGAAGCAACUCCGAUGAAGGAUCCUCCUGGGGAAACUUGGAAGAAGGAGGACCUCAGCGAGGAGGAUGGGGGGGAGGAGGAGGAGGAGGCGAUGCGGGUGGAGGCAAAUCCCACCAGGACCGGGGGAACGCCAAACCCAACGCAGCACAGAUACCAAACAGCCAAGUGGCACCAAUGAAAGCCCAAAAUCAGCAGCAGCAAUCACAGGGGCAGCACCCGCCGGGCGGCUGGAACAGCCGGCCCAGUGCUGGAGGAGGAGGUCAGCUUUCAAAGAACCCCAACCAAAGUCUAGGCUGGACCUCUGGUCCAAUCCCUCAAAUCUCUGGGGGUGCGGGCGACUCCCUGGAGCCCAGUGGCUGGGAGGAGCCCUCCCCUCAGUCCAUCAGUCGGAAAAUGGAAAUCGACGACGGCACGUCGGCCUGGGGGGACCCGACGCGCUACAACAACAAGAACGUGAACCUGUGGGACAAGAACAGUGCGACGCCGGGCCCAAAUCACGGUCAGCAGGGCCCCCCGCCACCAGUCCAACAACAGCCGCCGAGGAGGCAGCACAGCAUCAAUUCCAACCCUGGCAGCGGCGCAGUGGGCAUGUGGGGCGGAACUACACAAAAUGUGGAUGAUGGUACAGCAGCUUGGGGCCAGGCGUCGGAUGCUGCAACAAGUUGGGGUGACCCAGAUGAUUCCAGCAAAGUUUCUGGCUGGAGGAACCCUUCACCAAACCCCAGUAAACCUGGAGUAAAAACUGUAGAAAGCUGGGGCGGGAAGAGUGACGGCUCCAUCGUGGCCUCCAGGCAUCCGAGCUGGGAGGAGGAUGAGGACGGCGGCGGCGAUGGCGGAGUGUGGAACAGCACGGGUUCUCAGGGAAGCGGCUCUUCGUUUAACUCUGGAGGCUGGGGUCAGGGUCAUGCUGGGAAGAGAGGAAAUGUCAAGACUGGAGCAGCAGACAGCUGGAUGAAUCCAGUUUCACGCCAGUUUUCCAACAUGGGUCUCCUGGAUGAUCCAGGGAUGGAAAAAAAGCUGGAUGUAGACAAGAGGGGAAUGAAUGACUAUAAUGGAGAAAUGAGAAGGGGAGGAAGAAGUGGAGGAGGGUACCGCAUGCCUAGUUCCAAAGACAUGGGCCCCGGUGACAUGGGACCCUAUGGUGAAAAGAUGGGCGGCCAUGGAGUAUUUGGAGGGAUGCCUCAGCCUCGAGGGAUGCACCAGCCUGGCAUGCAUUCCAUGAACGCCUCCCAGGGGUUAAGGAGUCAAGUGCCUCAUCAGUUCCUGUCUGCUCAGGUGCCGGGUCCCAUGCUGAAGCAGAUGCCCUCUCCUGGUGGCAGCGUCGGGGGGGUGGGAGGUGUCGGUGGCGUUGCAAGUGUCGGUGGAGGAGUCUUGACGCCUCCGAUUUCCCCGCAGCAGCUCGCGAUGCUGAGCAACAUUUACCCCCACGUGCAGCAGUUCCAUCUGGCUUGCCAGCUCCUGAUACAACAACAGCAGCAACAACAGCAGCAGCAGCAGAUUCUGCAGAACCAGAGGAAGUUUCCCCAGCCUCAGCCUCUCAGACAGCAGACGGACCCACAGCAGCUUGCCAGAAUCAUGGCUAUUAUCCAGCAGCAGAGGCAACAGCAGCAGGUUGGAGUUGGAGGAGCAACACCUGGAGGAGGGAACCCCAAGCUGUCUCCAUCUCACAUUGGAGGAGGAGUGUCCAAGCAGUCCAUGGUAGACCCUCUUCCACAUGCUGGAAUGGGGGGUAACUUACCAGAUCUUCAUGCCAAAUCACAAGGAAUGUACUCUGGGCUCACAGGUGGUGGUAACCUUCCUACUCUAGAACUCAGCCCCAUGAUGGGGGGCAUGAAAGACAUGAGCGGACAACAGUCCCGCUUUAAAUGGAUGAUGGAGGGACAUUCCCCUGCUCCCUCUCCUCCAGACUCAGCCCUUCAUAAGAACGGCCCUUUACCCAGCUCUAUAAAGGUCAGAGGAGGGUCUCCUUACUCCCAGUACGAAAUGCUGGGCAGUGCAGGUUUAGGGAUCCCACCUGAGGGCUCUGCAGAAAGCUGGCACCGAACUCCUGGUAGUAAAAUGGGAAACAAACCGGCCACUUCAAGCUGGCCUCCAGAGUUCCAGCCUGGCGUUCCAUGGAAAGGAAUACAGAGCACUGGAGACCCAGAGUCUGAUCCCUACAUGACCCCUGGUAGAGUCCUCGGCUCCCCAGCAUCCCCAAACCUCAAUGAUCCCGACCACCCGUUACUGCGAGACAAUAUAGGGCCAAACCCCUCCCUCAACACCUCGCUGCCUUCACCUGGUGCCUGGCCCUACAGUGCCUCAGACAGCCCCCUCAGCAAUGCACACAGCACAGGAAAGUACUCGGAGUACAAGCCCAGCUGGCCUCCAGAGCCCAUCGGACAAAACAAAUUAUGGAAGGCCAAUCGCAAUAGCUCGCAGCUGCCGCGCCCCCCUCCUGGCCUAACCAAUCAGAAGCAAGCCUCGCCCUCCCCGUGGGGAACUGGAGGUCCACGGUUGGCCCGGAGUUGGGGAGGGAUGAACCAAGAGUCAAGAUUUGGGUCAGGCUCAGCUUGGAGUGAUGGUGGUUCCUCUAGAGGCAGCUGCUGGCUGUUGCUGAGAAACCUGACUCCUCAGAUUGAUGGUUCCACGCUGAGGACUAUCUGUAUGCAGCACGGCCCCCUGCUGACCUUCCACCUGGGCCUAACCCAGGGCAGCGCUCUGGUUCGAUACAACAGCCGGCAGGAGGCAGCCAAGGCUCAGGGUGCUCUUCACAUGUGUGUUCUUGGAAACACCACCAUCCUGGCUGAAUUUGUGAGCGAAGAAGAGGUUGCACGCUAUUUUGCACAUUCCCAGGCCGAAGCGGCCAGCUCAGGAGGAGCGGCGGGCAACGGAGCGCCCAGCUCCUCUGGAACUGGCACCGCUGUGGCUAGCAGCGGGGGGAGCUCCCCUGGGAGUGAGCGGCCUGCGGUGGGCACGUCUGCAGCCGGAGGCGGAAAUGGAAACGCCGGAGGGGAGAGGGCGUCCGGCUCCGGAUGGCAGAGCCUCGACGGUACGGGCGCUUCUUCAGAAACGGCUCCAGCCCAAGGACCGGGGCUUGCGAUAUUUUCCCAGUGGAGCACCAACGGGGCCGGAGAAGGGGGCGUCGGCGGAGUAGAGAGCGGGAGGUCUGGAUUGUGGGGGGGCAUAAACGCCGGAUACCCGAGCAGCAGCCUGUGGGGAGCACCGCAAAUGGAGGAAAGGCACCAAAUGGACAGCUCUGCUGGACUGUUGCCUGGCGACCUGUUGGGGGGAGGGGCCGACUCCAUUUGAUGAGCCCUCUCCACGAGUACGAUCGGAUUCGAACACACUGAUAGGGCAUACACUGGGAUACAUAUGUACUUAAUAUGGCACACACACAUUUACAUGAUAUGCAUAUUGAUGUACUGAAUACAUACCCAUGCAUACGUAUACUAGUAUGCAUAUUAAUGUGCACACACCUUAAAGCAGAAAUGUGAGAUAUGCUUACACACAUUCUCAUGGCCAGACUUAAGCUAUUAUAUAAAAAACAAAUGCAGGGACUGUUAGAUGUGUAUUCAGCCUUUUUUUUCCACACAUGAAGAUUUCAACUGCUUAGACUUGAAAACCUGAUAAAGAAUGAAAAAGAGUCAGUGAGUCUUAAAGACUCGACUGGAUUGCAAUGUGCUUAGUAAGUAGGGGACUUUUUAAACCGAUUUACAUGAAACAUGCACACACCAAAUACAGAGAAGCCUUUCAGACAGACAGGCACUGUAAACAGCAUUACCUUCGUCAAAUAAGAGAACACUGAGGCCAGGGGGCGGAGUUUGUAUUCACAUCCCCUUAAAGACAGAGAUUGAAUCCAAACACAUGCAAACAGCUCUGAUUAAGAUCAGGGUUGUAUCUUACUGUGUAUGUCAUUUUUUUUUCUCUUCCUGUUUUGUUUGGAUGUAUGGUUUAAUUUUUGAAUAGUGAAAUUCUGAAGAAAAAAAAAAGUCAUUGAUCUGUUUUCAAAAUGCUGACCUCCUACUGUUGUAUCUCACGCACUCUUUGUUUUAUUAUUUUCUGUUA